UUGCGCCGGAUUGCCCAGCGGCAGCGACCCUUCUUCGCCCCCCCCCCCGGCAAUAGGAAAGGAGCCGCCUUGCGGGGCGGCACAGCUCUCUGCUCCCCCGGCGUGCAUUGCCCUCUCCGGGCAUAGGCUGCUUUUUCCUUCUUUGCAACGGGCCCCCCCAGCCGCUCUCCCUCGCUGCCCCUGCCGAAAGAGGGGCGCUGAGGGCGGGGGGAGCAGCUCGGGGGGGGGCUUGCCUGCGCUGCGCCCCCCCAAGCCUUUCCCAUCUUUUGCUCCCUCGCGAUGGGAAGGCGGCGGUGGCAGCAGCUUCUUCUUCUUUGAGGGUCUCGGCUUGGCGAGGAGGGGGGGUCCCCGGUAGCCUCCCAGGCCACGGGGGGGUGGCCCCCCAGGACUAGCAGAACUCCGAGCCCCCUCCCCACCCCAGAUAUAUAGGGUGGGAACUGGCAAGGCUUCGGGGGACCUGGAGGAGGGGAAAGCGGGGCCCAAAAGGGUUUUUCGGGGGGGGGUUUAGGCCGUAAAUGAAUGGGAGCGGUUUCUUCAGAGCAGGGGAAUUUCGUGUGAGAGAGUUUAGGGGGUUCAUUUAGAAGAGCCAAGGUGAGGGGGUAGUCUAUAUAUAAAAGGAGGGACGGGGGGGAGUCUGUUGGUCAUUUUGUGGGUGAUAGGGGGACAGUGUUCAUUUUAGCCCCUAUUUGGAAAUGGGGACAUAAAGUGAGGGUAUUGGGGGUCAAUCAUAGGAUCCUGGGUUAGGGGGGUAUGCCAGUUAGCAGGGGAGAAGGGCUUGCUUACAUGGGGGGUCCUUUGUUUUUAGGGAGGAGGAGGGGCUAGCCAGCUGAGGGGGGGGGCUCCUGGGGAGAGAAGGAGGGACACCCCACCCCCACCUGACAGGUGUUUUUUGCCAAGUGCGGGCCCUGGCCAGAGUCCCAGGCCAAAGGCCCAGGCCUGUGGGCAGCCAAGAUGGCGGACCUGGAGGCCGUGUUGGCGGACGUCAGCUACCUCAUGGCCAUGGAGAAGAGCAAGAGUUCGCCUGCCGCUCGCGCCAGCAAGAAGAUCACCCUCCCUGAGCCCAGUAUCCGCAGCGUGAUGCAGAAGUAUUUGGAGGAGAGAGGUGAAUUAACCUUUGACAAGAUUUUUAGUCAGAAGAUUGGGUUUCUGCUCUUCAAAGAGUUAUGCCAAAUGAACAUGGAGGAAGGGGUUCCUCAGCUGAAGUUCUAUGAAGAGAUUAAAGAAUAUGAAAAACUGGACUCGGAGGAGGAUCGUCUCAGCAGGAGCCGGCAGAUCUACGACACCUAUAUAAUGAAAGAGCUGCUCUCCUGCUCACACCCUUUUUCGAAGCCAACAGUUGAUCACGUGCAAACUCAUCUUGCCAAGAAGCAGGUCCCACCAACCCUUUUUCAGCCCUACAUAGAAGAAAUUUGUGACAGCCUCAGAGGAAAAACCUUCCAAAUGUUUCUAGAAAGUGAUAAGUUUACUAGAUUUUGUCAGUGGAAAAAUGUAGAGCUAAACAUUCAUCUGACCAUGAAUGACUUCAGUGUCCACCGGAUCAUCGGGCGAGGGGGCUUCGGAGAAGUUUAUGGCUGCCGGAAAGCAGACACAGGGAAGAUGUAUGCAAUGAAAUGCUUGGAUAAGAAGAGGAUCAAGAUGAAGCAAGGGGAGACUUUAGCCUUGAAUGAAAGGAUCAUGCUGUCGCUCGUCAGUACAGGCGACUGCCCUUUCAUUGUGUGCAUGACUUACGCCUUCCACACCCCUGACAAGCUGUGCUUCAUUCUGGACCUGAUGAACGGUGGAGAUCUUCACUACCACCUCUCACAGCAUGGAGUGUUUUCGGAGAAGGAGAUGCGCUUUUACGCCACUGAGAUCAUCCUUGGGCUUGAGCACAUGCACAAUCGCUUUGUGGUCUAUAGAGACUUGAAGCCAGCAAAUAUCCUCUUGGAUGAACACGGCCACGUGAGAAUUUCCGACCUGGGGCUGGCUUGCGAUUUCUCCAAAAAGAAGCCUCAUGCCAGCGUGCACAGCCCUUUCAGGCAGCACAAGACCAAAGACAAACAUGAGAUUGACCGCAUGACACUCACAGUGAAUGUGGAAUUACCAGAGUCAUUUUCCCCUGAACUCAAGUCUCUUUUGGAAGGUCUUCUCCAGCGAGACGUGAGCAAGAGGCUUGGCUGCCAGGGUAGUGGGGCGCAGGAAGUGAAGGAGCACCCCUUCUUCAAAGGCAUUGACUGGCAGUACGUCUACUUGCAAAAGUACACACCGCCUCUGAUUCCUCCGCGGGGAGAAGUGAAUGCGGCGGAUGCUUUUGACAUUGGCUCCUUCGAUGAGGAAGACACAAAAGGCAUCAAGUUGCUUGAUAGUGACCAAGAACUGUACAAGAACUUCCCCCUGGUCAUCUCAGAGCGCUGGCAACAAGAAGUGGUGGAAACGGUUUAUGAUGCAGUGAACAGUGACACGGACAAGAUCGAAGCCAGGAAGCGAGCGAAGAACAAGCAACUGGGGCACGAGGAAGACUAUGCUCUGGGGAAGGACUGCAUCAUGCACGGGUACAUGCUGAAGCUGGGGAACCCCUUCCUGACUCAGUGGCAGAGACGCUAUUUUUACCUCUUUCCAAACCGGCUUGAAUGGCGUGGAGAAGGAGAGUCACGGGACACCUGGCGCACUUACACAAAAAGACGCAAGCGGCAAAAUUUGCUGACUAUGGAACAGAUUUUGUCGGUGGAAGAAACUCAGAUCAAGGACAAAAAAUGCAUCUUGCUCAGAAUUAAAGGGGGGAAGCAGUUUGUCCUGCAGUGUGAGAGUGACCCAGAGUUUGUACAAUGGAAGAAGGAACUGACCGAAACGUUCACAGAAGCACAGCUGCUCUUACGUCGGGCACCCAAGUUCCUGAAUAAAUCCCGCUCUGCAGUUGUGGAGCUCUCCAAGCCCCCCCUCAGCCACAAGAACAGCAACGGCCUUUAGGACCCAGGCAAGGAAAGGCUGUGCCAUUGCAGGGGAUGUCUGUCUGUUGCUGCAUCGCUGUUAGUUCCUUGCCCACUCCCCGGAGUUGGGUGAAGGGCUCAGGGGCAAGUGCUGAGCUCAAAAAAUAGUGGCACAGGGACCAAGGCCUCAGAGAAGGCCGAUGCAGCAACCAGGGGAUGGGGAGGGGAGUUGUUGCCAGCAACGGAGCAGACAAAAGAAGUGUUUUGCACUCCCAGGCAGCUUGCACUCC